AUGGACCACCACGAUUCAACCUUCCAUGGCCUCCCCCGCCCCGCCCCCGGCGACACCGACCUCGGCGCGGUCGACAUCCACGACAUCGACAAGAUCCUCCUCCUGCACGUGCUCUACAACAACGCCCGCCUGACCAGCCCCAGCUCCCGGCCCUUCGACUCCCACCUCGCCCGCCUGGUCAUGGCCGCCCCCAUCCUCACCACCGACCUCCCCGACGUCCGCUCCUGGCUGUCCAUCUCUACCUUCUGCGGCCGCGUCCUCGGCGUCGCCUUCACCCGGACCACCGCCCAGGGCUGGAUCUACGAUCAGCUGAAUGGGGCGGGCGCGUUCGAGCGCUCGGUGCGCCGCGCGAGGCAGUUGACGGGUGAGUCGGCUGGGGGGCUCGGGGCUGCGGUGCCAGAUGGGGAGAGGGAGUUGGCGGGGACGCCGCCGCCGCCGUAUAGUGAGAGGGAGAACUGA